CUACUACUACUACAGCAGCUACUACUACAGCAGCUACUACUACUACAGCAGCUACUACUAAAGCUACUACAACUACAGCUACUACAGCUACAACUACAGCUACAGCAGCUACUACUACAGCGUGGGCGGCACAACCACACUACAACGACAGCUACAGCGUGAAAACUACAGCCGAAUUACAGGCUUGAGCUACAGCCAUUAACUACAGCUACAGCCACGAACUACAACUACAGCCACUAACUACAGCCACUAACUACAACUACGAAACUACAGUCUCGAACUACAACUACAGCCACUAACUACAACUACAGCCACUAACUACAGCCACGAGCUACAACUACAGCCACGAGCUACAACUACAGCCACUAACUACAACUACAGCCACGAGCUACAACUACAGCCACUAACUACAACUACGAAGCUACAGGCAAAACAACAGGCAGAAAGGACUACAGUCAUCCCGUGGAUGUGAGGCGUCGGUUAACAAGAUUUGAUUUGCAGAGCUGUGAGGUGGUGUGUAGGUUCCGUGAGUAACAACAACAGCAACAGCCCAACCUCCCUUCUUACCCCCGCCACGUCCGUCUUUGUAUCUCCCGAUUUGGAGGUGUCGCACUUUUUGAUUGGUUUGGAGGUUGUUGGUUUACGCGACCGCGCUCGCAACUUCUCAUCAACUUCGAUACCGUUAUAAAUAAUAACGAUAACGUUGUUAAUAUUUGUCAUUCACGUGUCUCCGUCUUCAUUAAUUUUUUUUGCUGAAAUUGGGUUAAUGUUAAUUCGUUUGUGCCGACGCCUUUUCCUCGGCUAUCAUCACAACCACUUUGGGGUGUUGUUACAAUGACCAACUUAGCGACGUGAUAAUUGGUCAUCUUCGGUCGGAUUAAUUAGCAGUUAACAACAGUUGCAAUUGACAUUGUGGUGAACGUUACGAUGGUCACCACCCACGUAACUUAACGCGCAUCAGGUGGUUAUAAUUGUGAUUAGUUUCCUUGCAGUCGGUGUACUUGCUGUCAUUGGCCUCGUUCCAAAUUGAAUGAUUCUCCUGGUGACCUGCUCGAUCAGCCCAUCCGAUCCAUCACAGCGGAAAAUUAUCAUCGUCAAUCUCAUCGUCAAUCUCAUCAUCAUCAAUCUCAUCAUCAUCAUCAAUCUCAUCAUCAAUCUCAUCAUCAUCAAUAUCAUCAUCAUCAAUCUCAUCAUCAUCAAUCUCAUCAUCAAUAUCAUCAUCAAUCUCAUCAUCAUCAUCAUAAAUCUCAUCAUCAAUAUCAUCAUCAAUAUCAUCAUCAAUCUCAUCAUCAUCAUAAGCCUACACAAUCAUUACAAUCAUCAUUAUCAGUUCGUAUCCACGACGAUGAGAUACCCCGCGGCGUGCGCGUUGGCUGCCACUGUGAAGUGAUGGCAGGGCAGCAGCGAGGGCAGCAGCAGCAGCAGCACUGCAGCUGCCCCGGGACUGCCCCUGGGACUCUCCUCCUCUUCCUGAUGAUGAUGAUCAUAACGCUGAUGAUGGCCGGGAUAGCGCCUCGAGUGGAUGCUGGGGGCAGCACGGCGAGCCCGGACUGCCCCGCCGCCUGCACCUGCCGCUGCCCUCUGCCGCCGCUGCUGCCCGCGGAGUGCUCGGUGAACUGCACGCGGGGACAGCUGCAGCGGCUGCCCCCUCUGCUGCCCGACAACACCUCGUCACUGGACCUGUCGCACAACAACAUCCAGGAGGUGGAGGAGGACGCCCUGUCGCGCGUCGCGCCCUCUCUCUCCGUGCUGUGAGUUCUUCCGGCCGGGCAGCCCUGGCCCCAAACUCACGCGCACCGAACCCGCCGAGCGGCGGCCAUCGCGUCGUCAUCGCGUCGUCGCGGACGAGCCGCCGGCUCGAGGGCCGCGCCACGGGGAGGCCGCGAGGCGUCCUCGGAGAUCGGAGACGAGGGGCCGGCACCGCCCGGAUCCCGGGUUCCAGUUCGGGUUUUUGACGAGGCCGGGCCUCGGUGCGGUAGAGAGGCACGGAGAGGCGUGUGCUCGGGCAUCGCACUGAGAGGCAGAGAGGGGAACACGUGGAUUAAAGAACACGCGCACGCAGAGGUUAAUGUCAUCACAUUGAUCUUCAACCAGCAGUGGAUAAACCAUGGUGAUGGUGACAGGAGCGUGGAGGAGAAAUUCACGCUGGGAAUUGCACUGAGAGAUACAGAGAAAGAGGAACACGUGGAGUAGAGAACACACAGGUUUUUGACAUCACCACAUUGAUCUUCAUCCACCAGUGGAUAGAGAAGCACAGCGAGGAAUAGCGAUGUAUUUAUAUAGAACUUACAUUUUGAUUUAAAGCUUUCGUGACUGCAGGGAUUCAUAUUCUUGGUUCUUUCGGUAAAGUCACGUAGA